GUUUGUUGUUAAAGGAAGUGGCCAAAACAGUUAGUGAAAAAGCCAUCAUGAAAGAGAGAUAGGGUGGGUUUUGUUGUGAUAAAACACAAGCAAUUGCUGUUACGCAAAAGAAAAGGCAGUUGGUACGGGGAACAGCAUUUCUCCAUCUCUUUCUGAUGCUGCUUUGAGAGUCGAGGCUGACAAACGAGCAGUCAUGAACGAGAAUUUCGACCGAGCUCCUGGAGCGGGGAGAACCCGAAAUCUUCCAGCUGAACCCAGGCUCGUGGGUACCGCCGGGGAUGGUGACACCAAAACCACGCUUUUCAACCAAAGGGAACCGUUGAGACAGCCGCGAACAUCCCCGCCUUUUCCCGAGAACAACAUUAGCACGGCCAACGACAUGGGUGGUGGAGAUUUUAAAAGACAGAGCAAACCCGAACAAAGUGCAAAUGCCAACAGUACGUCUGCCUCCAGAAGGUCUAAUGAAGUGGAUUCCAUGGUCAAGUCAUCAAAGCUUUCAGUCAAUGCCCCAGAGUUUGUCCCAUCGGGAAGUAACCUGUAUGAACAGGUUGGGGACAGGAACAGUGUCAGUAGCACAUCCAUCAUCACUUUGGACCCCAGUUUUUAUUAUGACAGCGAAAGCUGUUACAGUGAACCAACCUUGGCUGAUAUGGUCACAGACUUUCUUGGCCACCUGAGCUCGUCACCUGGGUCCUUUGAGUCAGAUGUUGAAGACAUAACUGGCAUGCUCAAUUCCUGGGUUACUACUGAAGAGUUGUUGCACGAGCUGGUGGAACUGAUCUACGCACAGUCUACUGCCAUUCCAAACUUCUCUUACACGGGUGCCAGGCUCUGUAACUACCUGUCCCAUCACCUCAUUAUCUGCCCACAAAGUGGCAACUUUCGACAGCUGCUCCUAAAAAGAUGUCGAAUAGACUUUGAACAGAGGGAUGCAGCUGUUAAAGGAGACUCGGAGACUCAGAAGAAAUUCCACUCCUUUGUGCUCUUUCUGGGAGAGCUCUAUCUUAACCUGGAGGUAAAGAGUGGAAAAGGACCUCCAAAUCGAGCAGAUAUCCUCCUCGAUGCUCUGAAAGACCUGAUGAGAAGUCUGUUCUCCAAUCCUGUGGAUGCAAAUCUAAUCUGCGCUGUCAAACUGCUUAAGCUGACAGGCUCUGUCCUGGAUGAUGCGUGGAAAGUGAGUGGAAAACCAUACAUGGAAGAACUGAUCCAAAGAAUAGAAAAUGUUCUACUGGAUGCCACCUGCGGCAGGGAUGUCAGACAGAUGCUUCUGAAACUAGUGGAGUUGAGAUCUAGUGACUGGGGCAGAGUCCGUGCUGCUGCAGCAGCCAGCAACGCCACACCAGACAAUGACCCCAACUACUUCAUGAAUGAACCUACAUUCUACACAGAAGACGGCACUCCUUUUACAGCAGCAGACCCAGAAUAUGCUGAGAAAUACCAAGAGAUCAUGGACAGGCAGGGCUAUUUCCAUGAUAUUUAUGGAGAAAAUGGAAAUGAAGAAGACGAUGACUCUGAAGAUGGGAUGGAGCCUGAGAUGGAAGAAGCUUUUGAGAAUUUUUGUUUAGAAUCAGAGAGGAAACGACAACAAUGCCGUGAGAGUGAGAGGCUGUGAGACACAACAGGCACCUACUGUACUGUUCCGACUCAACUUGCUGGAAUGUUGAAAAGCAAAAGGAAACUAGCAUCAGAUAGGUUAAAAGCAUUUUAACAAAAAAGCUGUUCAUAGUUGCACUUCUGACACUUUUUAAUUCAGUGUUGAUUAGAAAAUGGGGACAAUCAACGGGAUAAUUGUUUGAAAUAUUAAGGUAUUAAGAUUUUUUUUGGACGUGGAAGUUCUCUCUUUGUUGUUUGAAUUCAGAAACUUAUUUCCUUUAAGUCUAAAUUGAAUGCCAAGAGGGAAAUAGUGUGCUGUGGAUUUCUUUAGAGUUCUUUUCUGAAAGGCAGAUAAGUUUCAACACGUGUGCAUAAUUUGUGAAAUACUAAUUAAUGUCCCUUGCAUAAAGUACAGGCCAAAACACAUAAGAGAUGCAUAAUGUUAACGUAAAGUGCACUGUAGAUGGGUGAGGUGGUUGUUUUACUACACAUCUAGAUACAAUACAUAUACAGCCUUUAUCUCCACCCUUGUGAAAUUGUGUCUCUUGUCAGGUUGCCAAUAUUGAACAGUAUAUUCAAGGCUAUUUACCUGUUAAUCUGGCUGCAGUUCACUUAAGUUGUCAGGAAUGCUGUGAAAGGCUGUGCAGUUUGAAUUAACAGUAUUGCAUUUUCCAGUCACAAACUGGGAAGUGAAUAUAGACUAAACCCUUUUUAAAUCUCUUUCUGUGGUUGAAGUCAACAUUUUAAGAAAUGUUAUAACUAAAUGAUUCAAAAUUCUGAGAAUGCAGUGCAUCUUAAUCCAGUUUAUUUCCUGAAUGUAACUUUAAAUAUCUACACAUCUUGUUAGCAGCGGUCAGUGUGACAUAACUGAAAAAAGGAUUCAUUCUUAUCAAAGACUGAAAGACUGUUUACCAGCAAUCCAUGGAACCCAUAAAAAGGAAUGUUGUUUUAUAGUUUGUAAAUAUUAUUUAUGGUAUUGUUUGCCUGCAAUAAAUUCUUGUGAGAUUUUA